GACAGAGGAAAGCUUGCCGGGAGAACAAUUGCAAGCCCCCCGCCUCCUCGUGUUCUCAGUUUGUUCUUCUCUGUGACACCACCGGCCAUCAUGAGAACAGCCAGCAGCAGAUCCAGCGUGAUAAAAUUUUCACUCCUUGACAAGUGUGAGAAACCGAAAAACUAUGCCCAGCCAGAAGUUUUGUGUCACACCUUUGAGGCGCUGUCUAACCUCCACAAGCUGCUUCCCAAUCACCUGGUGGAGAAGCUUUAUUCCUACAAGAGUGAAGAGGACAAGAAAAAAUGUGAGAAUCCUGAACUCUCUGGCUUAGAAAGAAUCUUAGCAAGACAUCAGUUGCCAGAAGAGAUUAAUCUGACCCCAAAGCCGAACAGAAUGCCCCCGUGGAAAAGAAAAAUCAUCAACAAUGUAAAUGAUGCGUGGAAGAAAUGUCACUUACUGAAGAGAAACACGAAUGAGCCUCCCAUGUCCACCAUAGUUGUCAGGGAAGAUUGUCUUCUUCCUCCUAUAGAUGGCAACAGGAAAAUAGAAAACAGCAAGGUGUUAGCAGAGACCAAACAUAACAGUAUUGCCAUUAAGACCCCUACUUUGAUCGAAGAAGCUGUGAGUGUUGCCAUCACAGCCAGUAAUAAAUUUUCUGGUUUGCCAAGGGCCCUGGAAGAUGGGAGUAGCUGCGAAUAUGCAUUAGGAAGACGGUUUUACUGUGACGGGACAGCAAUAUUUGAACAGCUAGAAAUAAGGGCAGCAGAUGAGUUGAAAUAUUGUCCCUUAUAG